CACCAUCUUUUCCAUAUUUCACAACCUUAUAACUACAGUGAACAUUUAAAUUUACAUUGUACAUUAAUUAAUUCUCUGUGCUUAAUUAGCCAUGAAGAGACAGAGAGAUGAACAAGGAUUCCAGAACAUAGAUUUGGCAAAUUGUCUAAUGCUACUCUCUCAUCCCAUAGAAACUACCAAAUGCAAACCCCAGAAACGUUUCAGCCCUGUGGAAUUCGAGUGCAUCACAUGCAACCGCAAAUUCUCAUCCUUUCAAGCCCUCGGAGGCCACAGAGCGAGCCACAAGAAGCUGAAGCGCGACAGAGAAGAAUUCAAAUCAGAUGUCAAAACUGAUCUGAGAUUGGGAAACAAAUAUUCCAAAAUGCAUGAGUGUUCCAUUUGUGGUCAAGAAUUUGCACUGGGUCAGGCACUUGGAGGACACAUGAGAAGGCACAGGGUUUCUACCAAUGAAGGGUUGUUUUCACAGGUUGUUAUGAAAGUUCCUGUUCUGAAAAGAUCGAAUAGUUUUAGGGUUAUGUGCUUGGACUUGAACUUGACGCCAUUGCAGAAUGAUUUGAAGUUGUUGUUUGGAAACAUGGCACCCAAAAUGGAUUCCUUUGUCAUCUAAUUCUUUGUUCACCUCAUAACUUGACAUGCAUUGUGCGCAAGUACUUGAUUAA